AUUUUUCAAGCCAAAAUGUCAGGACUUUAGUGCAUUGAUAAGCUGCGUACAGGGAUAAUGUCUCGACAAAGUGAAUAUAAAAGUUGUUUGCCGUUAGAUGAUAUGCUAGUAAUAAAUGAUAUUACAACAACAACAACUUCAGAUGAUCUUGGUAUAUUAAAAGUUGAAGAGGCAUGGUUAGAAUUACAAAUAUAUAAUGGCUAUCGUGUAUGGCAUAUUAUAUUUUUCAUCAUGACGGUCUUCUUCACAUUAGUGGUGUUUAUGUGCUGUUGUGUAAGAUUUCGAAUUCCCAGGACUAAACAAGAGAUAGAAGCUGAUUUUAUACGUCGUAAAAUUGCGACAAAAUUUUGUAAACAAUUACGUCUAUUGAGUGAUACUGAAAUGGACAACAUGGACCUGUUAAAAGCAUUAAAACGACUUCAGUCAGAGCUUGAAGUUCCUAGCAAUGUAACAGUAGAGGAGUCUGAUGAAGUUCUAUCAUCAACCAAACUAUCUACCACGCCGAGUUUAAAAAAAUCUCCAAAAUCAUCAGAUUUUGAUUCUUCUGUAGAAAAAUUAGAUGAAGAACCCGAGAAUGUAUUGAGUGGUCGUCUAGCAACAUUGGUUAACGUUUUGAAUGUUAUGAAACCCCGCCGUAAACAUACAGCUGAUGAAAUUACACCAAAUCUUAUAACAGUUUAGAAUUAUUUAUUUUAAAUGUCUUAGUUAAUAAAUAAAAAUUAUUUUUCAAAAAUAUUAACAAUCUUAUAUAGUUAUAAAUUUUAUAGUUAUAUAAGAUGUAUUGAUAAAAAUGCAUGUAAAUGAAUUAUGGUACAUUAUAAACAAAGUUGAAAAUAAUGCUCAGGGCUCGGGAGUUCUAGUAAAUACAUAUUUUGCUGGUAAGUCAUCGAACAUCAAAAGUAAAAAACAAAUUUCUUACUUACUUUCGGGAUAUUGUAUGAGACAUUUUAUUUUAUUUUUAUGAAUAUUUAAAGUUUUUAGUGCUGUUUUGCUAAUUUAGAGUUCUAAGUGCCAUUUGUAGGCAUAUUUUAUAUAAUAAAGGAAAUAAACAAUAUCAUACCAAUAAAGUAUACAAAUGUGCGAACGAAAACAUGUAUUUUGAUUUUCAAAUAGUAGAUAUGUUAUUAGUUGUUAAUGCAAUGACGUCAGACAAUUUUUUAAAUGCUUGUUAGAUGCAUUGUACUAAGAUAAUCAGAGUUAUUGUAUUUAUGUUCCAGAAAGAGACUAUCAUAUUCUAUAAAAAAAAUUUAUAAAUAAUUUUAUUUUAUAUAUUU